CAAGGACAGUCGCCAUUACUGAAGUUAGUCACAAAACCUAAUGAUGGAUCCCCGUACCAGUGCCCAGGAUGUGAUGCGAUGUGACCUUUGUGAGACCGCUGUGGUACAGAUGCACUGUGAUACAUGUCUUGUCAACCUGUGUACAAUUUGUGUAGGAAAACACGUGAUAUCUGAUCAGUCAAUCAAUCACAAAGUUGCCACUAUUCAGACCAGAAAAUCCACUCCUCUCUACCCUGUAUGUACAUCUCAUGUAAAAGAACAAUGUGAAAUGUACUGUAAACAAUGUGACGUUCCUGUCUGUCUUUGCUGCCUUGCAUCAAAACAUCAUUUAGGUCAUGAAUUAUUUAAAAUCUUGCAAGUUGUUGGUGAGAAGAAAGAUAUGAUUACAAAAGAAAGAAAUGAAUUAAAUGAUACAAUUUACCCCACCUACCAGGACAUUGCCUCUGAUGUACAAAACAGAAUGAGUCAGUUAGAAAAGGAACAUGGAGAUCUCUCAACAGCCAUAACAAAACAUGGAGAGAACUGGCACAGAGAAAUUGACAAACUUGUCCAGAAACUUAAAGUUGAAGUUGAUGAGAUGAAAAACACACAGAUACAAACUCUAGAGAAACAUCUGGAUGAAAUAAACAAGACACUGUCUGACAUCAAGGAUGAAAUCAAUUCAAUGGAAACUGCAAUAGACACAAAUGACUUGUCAAAACCAUUGAGUGUCACGUCCAAUGUACACACAUACAGAAAUCUUCCACAAAAAAUUAUACCAUCUUUACCAAAAUUCAUUCCACGAAAAAUUCAUCAAGAAGAACUAAGUAAAAUGUUUGGAGCCCUAUCACCAAGUUCUUUAACUUCAGAUAAACAUGGCUACAGCAUGAAGACAACACAGAAAUCACCAGAAGCUGGAUCCUCUCCUCCAGUCAAACAGCUGCUUGAUGAACCAGAGACUGUCACCACCAUAAACACUAGGUAUGGAAACCUUUACAAUGUGGCCUGUCUGAAUGAUGAAGAAAUCUGGACAAGUGGAUAUGAAAGUACCAUGAAACUCUACAGUAUCAAUCAGGGAUCACUACUCAAGUCAAUCACAACCAAGUCAGGGAAGAUACCAUGUAACAUAGCAGUGACGAAAAGUGGAGAUCUAGUUUAUACUGAUCAUGAUGAUAGAACUGUGAACAUUGUGAAGAAUGAGAAGAUAGAGGAGGUGAUCAGACUAUGGAACUGGAGACCUAAAGGUGUCUGUAGUACCUCCUCUGGUGACCUCCUGGUUAUCAUGGACAGCGAUGUUAAGAAACAAACAAAAGUUGUCCGUUGCUCUGGCUCCACAGAAAAACAAACCAUUCAGUUUGAUGAUAAAGACAAACCACUCUAUUUACCUAGUUCUUUUUAUAUUAGAUAUACUACUGAGAACAGGAACCUGGAUAUCUGUGUGUCUGAUGACAGAGCUAAAGCAGUAGUGGUGGUCAAUCAGGUCGGGAAACUGAGAUUCAGGUACACUGGACAUGCACCUGCUCCAAAGAACCAACCAUUCAGUCCACAAGGAAUCACCACAGACAGUCAGAGUCACAUCCUUACAGCUGAUUAUAACAAUAACUGUGUCCACAUCAUAGACCAGGAUGGACAGUUCCUCCGCUACAUAGACUGUGGACUGAGUAGACCCCAUGGACUGUGUACAGAUACAAAUGACAAUCUGUUUGUUGCUCAAGUGUGGAAGAAACAAGUGAGGAAAAUCAAAUUUCUGAAGUGAAAUC